UCGGGGCAGUGAGCAGCGUGCGGUCGCGGGCAGAGGCCCAGAGACCAGAGCAGCCAGCACCGGGGCGGCCUGGAGCGGGACCAGCACCAUGAGCUGCAAAUGCGAUGUGGUCGUGGUGGGGGGCGGCAUCUCAGGUAUGGCAGCAGCUAAACUUCUGCAUGACUCUGGCCUGAAUGUGGUGGUUCUAGAAGCCCGGGACCGCGUGGGAGGCCGGACUUACACCCUUAGGAACCAAAAGGUUAAAUAUGUGGACCUUGGAGGAUCUUAUGUUGGGCCAACCCAGAAUCGUAUCUUAAGAUUGGCCAAGGAGCUGGGAUUGGAGACGUACAAAGUGAAUGAGGUUGAGCGUCUGAUCCACCACGUAAAGGUAAGCGUUGGCCAGACACUGAAGGGUUCCAGCCACUCAGAGAAUUUAUUCAUUAUCGUCAAAGGAGAAUUAGAUGUUACUUCCAGACCUACACAGGAAGGUUAUCGAUGA